UUGGGAAUGUGAUAUUUCUUUGGUAUACAGUGGAUUGCUGUCUGCCGAUCAUUUCUACGGUAGUAGGCUAAUAAGGCUAUUAAUCUUGAUUUGUGGAUCAGUGGAUGCAAUGUCGAGUAAUAAUCAAGUUAACAUAAAAUGUGCAGCUUUAGCUAAAAUAGUGCUUCACUCUGCUCGAUGGAGCCACUUAGCUGUAAAUGGAGUUCUAUUAGGACCAUCAUUGGAUGCUGGGAAAACAUCUGAAUUGGAAAUAGUUGAUGCCGUUCCACUUUUUCAUCAGCAAUUGUCUCUGGCACCCAUGCUAGAUGUAGCCUUGAAUAUGGUGGAAACUCACUACAGAUCCAAGGGUCUUCAAAUUGUUGGCUAUUACCAGGCAAAUGAGCAUGUCAAAGAUGUGGUACCAGAUUUUGUUGCCAUGAAAAUCACAGAAAAGAUUGCUGAGAAUUAUGAUUCUGCUUGCUUGAUAAUGUUGGACAACCGCAAAGUGUGCCUACAGAUGGAGUCAAACCCACUUAUAGUGUCUCAAGUGACACAGGAUGGGAAAUGGAAGAAUAGAGACAAGAGUUGCGUUACUUUGGAGUCGAGGUCACUGAGCUCUGUGUCGGAGUUGCUGCAGAAACAAGUUCAUCAAGAGAUAGUGGACUUUGAUCUACACUUUGAUGAUAUCUCCUUCAACUGGACAAAUGCGCCCAUCAACGACCUGAUAAACUCCUUUGUUGCUGCGUAAUUUCAUCUCCAGUAAUUAUUAUUAUUAUUAACAUUAUUAUCCUAGCAUCAUUUCUGAGGGUAAGGUUUUAGUUACUGUUAAGUCCAACGUAUAUUUUCAUUAAUGUCGUUCAUCCAACGUCACAGCUCAUCAAAGGUGGUCAAGUUCUUACAUAUUUUUUUGAUAAAUUUGUUUUCAAUUCAGACACAGCCUUGUAUUAAUGAGUUAUGGGUAUAUUUAUGAACGCAAUAAAUGUUUGUGAACGCGAAAGACAUUUUGGUAAUCAACAUUGGACAUUUAAUUGUUUUAUUGAAAACAAAUUGAAAAGACAAGACUUCUAUCAAAAAUUGAAUUAUCAUUGCAAAAACUUUUUAAUACAUGUGAACUAUAUUUAUGUGAACCAUGCACUACCCACAUUCCAAUUGUUCUCAAUUCAAAUCAUAGUUAUUUCUUUUUUAAACUAAAGUUAGACAGCAUUUGUGAAGAACGUUUUAUUUAUGUUAUACUAUAUUUAUUAUACAGUAUAAUUAAUUAAAAUUUUCAAAUUUGUAAUAUCUCUGCAAAGACUUAGUAGUGCAGGUUUUAGAACCUAAUGCAAAUUAGAACCUCUGGAAUAAUAAAUUGUUGAACUUAUCAAAUCAUAAAAAAAUCACAGAAUCAUUUUACACAAAUUACAUCGUCUUGAAUUAGUCAUAGUUUGCCUAUGAAUUGUUCAUGAAAAUAUUGCAAUUGAUAACCAAUCAGUUGCUACCUGAAUGAAAUAAGCCAGUAUUCGGAGAUAAGUUAUAACCUGGCAAGUUUGACAGAAAAGCAAACAAAAUGCGAGCGAAUUUAAAUUAACUCGCUGUUGCAUGCGCACAACGCGUCACCUGUGACAUCUGCAAUUUUUUUACGUGUUUGAUAAUCACAUUUGAUCGGUAAUUGGAGGAUUACGUAUAAAUUUCCAGUAAUAAAUACUACAAAGUAUCGUCAUAUGAUUUCAAAUAUAUAUAAAUUUUUUAUUUGCUGCAACAUACGCAAUAACGUGGACACAAAAUAUUGCACUAAAUAUAAUGGUUUAGAAUGAGA